CGUCACAUGGACAUGUCGUCAAACUUUUAUUGAUAUCGUAUUGAAAGAUAAGAUAGUUUUCGCUAUCAACUAAGAGGUGUAUUCAUUGUUAUAUUUGUGUUUCACUCGAGCGGUCAUGAAUGUGUUGUACAUAAAUAGUUAAAAAUAAUAAAAACUUCCUUUUUGAAGUCUGUUUAUAAAUGAAUGUUAGUGGUUAAAAUGUGAUACAUGUGUUUAAAAUGAGACAGUGUGUUGGAUAUAUUUUUAAUUUGAUACAUAGAGUGUAUUUGUAUUUGCUAUCGUGGGUGGCUUAUUUUCUAUCCUUUUUUUACAAUGGCAACAAAGUAUCAGCGACGACGCAGACGCGACAGAUCGACGUCGGCUCCCCCGUGGAAGGCGAGAAGAAGAAACACAACAAAAUCAAGACUUCAAAGUAUACGCUCCUCUGGUUCCUGCCAAAGAAUUUAUCGGAACAGUUUCGGAGAAUUGUCAACUUUUACUUCUUGAUAGUUACCAUCAUCUCUAUUGUGAUUGACAGUCCAGUGUCACCGUUUACAAGUAUUCUUCCCCUAAGCUUCGUAGUGCUGGUAACAGCUGUGAAGCAAGGCUAUGAAGAUUGGCUAAGGCACAAGGCUGACAACAAGGUCAACAACCAGAUAGUUGAAAUAGUCCACAAAGGCGUCAUCAAUGAGGUGCGGAACUCCUCAAUCGCGCCUGGCACUCUGGUGCGAGUGCGGAGAGGGAAGGAGGUACCAGCGGACUUGGUACUCCUCUGUUCUGCCGGAGAUAAGGGAAAGUGUUACGUCACUACAGCUAAUUUGGAUGGGGAGACCAAUUUGAAGACUUUAAGAGUACCACCUCCUUUAGUUGGCUUUACUCCAGAUAUCCUACCUCAUGGGAUGAAAAUUGAGGUCCCCCACCCUGUGGCAGAUCUAUACACGUUUUAUGGUCGCCUGGAGAUCCCUUACAAGGACAGUCUAGUACUUACUCCGGACCACCUCAUGCUUAGAGGAUCCAGGGUCAAGAAUACUGAAUGGGCUAUCGGCUGUGCAGUUUAUACGGGUGAAGAAACGAAACUAGCUCUUAACUCAAAAUACACAGGGAACAAAUUCUCAUCAAGCGAGUUAGCGAUAAACCAGUCUUUGCUCUGGUUCAUAGGGUUGCUUAUUGCCGAAAUAGUUGUAUCUUUAGUAGCAAAAUUAUGGAUUGAGCGACGGAACCCUGAGAGAGAUCUGUAUUUGGGUCCUGGGUCGCCGAUCCCGGCCCCAUUCGGCGAUAUCUUACAAGAUCUGUUUUCUUUCUUGCUUCUCUAUUACUAUAUUAUACCAAUGUCCCUUUACGUUACUAUUGAGCUGUACAAGUUUAUUGGGUCACUAUUCAUAGCUUGGGAUGAGGAUCUUCGUUGUGAAGAGACAGGUAGACCAGCGGCAGCCAACACAUCAGAUUUGAACGAAGAGUUAGGCCAAGUAGAAGUCCUAUUUUCUGACAAAACAGGCACUCUGACCAAAAACCUUAUGGUGUUUAAGGCAUGCUCCAUAAAAGGACAAAUGUAUGAAGAAAAGGAAUCGAAAUUGUACGACGUGGAAAGAUUUGAUGAACCCGUCGAUGUGUUUCAGACAGACAUCAAAUUCUUCUUCAAAAUCCUCGCGCUCUGUCACUCAGUACAAGUAUCGAACGAAGACAUGAAGAAACUUAGCGCUCGUCUCUCAGUGACGGGGAACAUGCAACUUAUGAGCUUUUUCAAAAGAAAGAAAAUUAAAACCAACAACACGAAUGGUUCUGUAGUCGACAAUGUAACUUGGAACUCUAUUAUCAAUGAGAAUGGGAACAAAAUCGAUUAUCAAGCAAGCAGCCCUGACGAAAAGGCGUUGGUUGAAGUAGCUGAGCGGUUCGACAUAACAUUUCUUGGCGAAGAAGGAAAUGAUUUACUUCUGAAGGUUGGGGAACAUACUGAAAUGUAUGAGCGUCUUCAAAUCAUCGAGUUUACUUCGGAAAGAAAGAGAAUGUCGGUUAUACUUCGAGAUAGAGAUGGGAAGAUAUGGUUGUUUUGCAAAGGAGCAGAGAGUUCUGUGUUCCCUCUGUGUACGAACUAUAGCUGUGUGCAGGAGACUGACAGAGAUAUCAACAUAUUUGCUAACAAGGGUCUUAGAACUCUCGCCAUUGCGUACCGAGAGGUGCCUGAGGACGAAUAUGAAAAGGUUGCUGAAGCAAUCAAACGCCUGGACGGUAAGAACGCGGAAUCACUGCAGCAGGUGACGCAACAAUACCGCGCAUUGGAGCGACAUCUAACGCUGAUCGGGGCGACCGGCGUCGAGGACUGUCUGCAGGACAAUGUCGCUGAUACCUUGGCUUCUUUGCGAGCUGCCGGUGUUAAGACUUGGGUGCUUACUGGGGAUAAGGUAGAAACAGCAAUCAACGUGGCCCAAUCAUGUGCGCAUAUAUCAGAGAACGACAGAAGAAUGUUCAUGAUUGGCGUAGAAGACAAUACGACGUUACAAGCCCACAUAGACGAGUGUUCCCGAAUUAUAAGCGAACCGAGUUACAGAGACCUCACCUUAGUGGUAGAUGGGACUAGUAUGACGCAGGUUUUGGACACUGAAUAUGCGCCAGCGUUUGUAAAUAUCGCCAUUAAGUGCCACGCUGUGUUGUGCUGUCGGUUAUCGCCUAUACAGAAGGCUAAAAUAGUAAAAUUAAUAAAAGAAAGUAGUGAGCGGCCAAUCACCGCGGCUAUAGGAGACGGGGCCAACGAUAUCUCGAUGAUACAGGAGGCGCAUGUCGGCUUCGGGAUCCUAGGCAGAGAAGGGCAUCAGGCCGGGAGGUCUGCUGACUUCGCGAUCACGAAAUUCUCAAUGAUCAAGAAGAUUUUACUAGUCAUGGGCCAUUGGUACAACCAGCGGCUGGCGACGCUGAUUCAAUACUUCUUCUAUAAGAAUCUAGUUCUUGGGAACAUUAUGUUCUUAUUCCAAAUGCAAUCGGUUUUCUCGACGCAGUCAAUUUUCGACUCUAUGUACCUGACCUUCUACAACCUCGUGUUUACUUCUGUACCGGUACUGCUUCUCUCGGUCACAGAACAGGUCUGGCCUUCUGCUGUACUCUAUAACAACCCUCCCCUAUAUAGCAGUAUAAAGAAGAACAAGUUGAUGUCGUGGCCGUACUUCGUGUCCUGGUGCGUGGCCGCCACGUACCACUCGCUCGUCAUCUACUGGUUCAGUUACCUGGCCUUCAAGAAUUCCAUCAUCAAUCUUGAUGGGAAACCUGUUGAUUUGUGGUGCUACGGUGCAGUAACGUUUCACUUACUGACAGUGAUAGUGAACCUCAAGCUCUGGUUACACGCGCGCUACCACACGCUACUGUUCGUCCUAUCCGUGGUACUCUCUAUCAUAAUCUACAUGUUCUUCAAUACUGCCUACUCUUUCAUGUAUUUGCAAAUCGACGGUGAUGUCCUUGGAACGUAUAUAAGGUUGCUCUCCUCGCCCGGUUUCUGGUUCCUCAACCUGGUUGUAGUGGUAGGCUGUCUACUACCAGACUUCUUCGUGAGGAUCAUCUCCGAGCGACUUAUUAGGACGAGGAUCAUGAAACGACCCACCGAACCAACUGUUUUCGUAACUAGUCUAUGAUCAAAUUAGUUACGUAUAAACCACGUUAGGUACAAGAUUUGUUAAUGCUGCGAAAGAAU